GUGCAACAACUCGUUUGGUUUCUUCUUUCUCUUUUUCCCACUUCCCAUUUCACCACUUCUUUUGGCUCUAAGUUUCUUAAAGUUCCUUAUCAUGCCAACUUCCAGUUCUUGUCCCUGACUGCUUUCAUCAAAGAUGUCUACAACACAGGAAGGGGUUGUAUGUAGGGCCAAAGCAGAAUGGACUCCGUCUCGGGAUGCAUUUCUGGUUGAGCUUUUCACCGAGCAGCACAAUUGUGGACGAACUGCCUAUAAUGAAUUCAAGAACGAUGUUAUUCGGUCUGUUACGCGUGAUUUUAACAAGAAGUUCGGUAUGAAUUUGGAAGAAAACCAAAUAAAAAACCGUUACAAUGUGAUGAAAAAAGAUUAUGGCGUUGUUAAAACCCUACUCGGACAUAAUGGAUUUGGUUGGGAUGAAACUCGACAAAUGGUGGUUGCUGAUGACAAAGUUUGGGACAACUAUAUCGCGGUACGAAGUGAAGCAAGACCCUUCCGACGCAAGAGCUUUCCUCUCUAUAAACAAAUGUCUAUCAUAUUUGAAGGCGAAAGAACUACCUGCAAAUCCAUGCCGAACACGGCUCCAAUGAUAACUGAAGAGGGGAAUAGCAACACAGAGACAGUUCGAUCUUCAGAGCCAACUAAUGUACCGACACAAGUGGUUGAGGGUACCCUUGAUUCUGAUUCGAUAAUUCGAAUAAGUGACAAACAACCUAAGAAACGAAAGUCUGAGGCUCCAAGAGCUUCAGCUCAUAAGAAAAGGGUCUGCUAUGAUGCUGGUGAGCCGAUAGAGAACGCCAUAUACGAGAUGUUUUCAGCUGUCAAGAUGAGAGCUUUACAAAGAGAUGCAUCAAGCGAGAGAACAUUGUAUCAUAAGUGCCUGGAAGAGUUGCAGCAUUUAGAACUGGAUGAUGCUGAGUUUACAAAGUCUGUCAAUGUUCUGAAAGACGAUAAAAACGCAAUUGCAUUCAUGACAAUUAAAGGGCCUCGGCGUUUGAUUUGGUUGAGGUCUCUAUGGCAAGCAUCGUGACCUGAAAAUCGAAAUAGAUUAGAAACAAUUGCCUCACUUCCAUUCGUGAGUGUUAUACCUCUUUUGUUGCAGAUCCGCUUCUGCUUGUGAGUACUGAUGCUCAUAUGCAACACCUGUUACCUUGUGGGUUAAGAAACUCGUUUCCUUAUCUAUUUGGUCUUUUUCGACACAUAAAUAUCAUCAUUUCCGGUUGAAAUUUUGAAACA